CUCUAACUUAAAAAAUUUGAGUUAGAUCCGGCAAAAUAAACACUUUGUAACAGUUUUUUUGUUAUUUUUUAAAUUUAGGUUUUGUCAAAGGAAUUUGAUUACCAACGUGACUGCUGCUGCCAUGGAGAUAUUAUGCAAACAAGGUUAUAUCUUGAAUUUUGGAUAUAACUUGUUAACUUCUGUAACGGCUGAUUAUUUUAGUGGAUGUUCAAUGCUUGGCGAGGUAUAUUUGAGAGGUAAUUUUAUUUCAUACUUUCCAGACUACGCUUUUCGAAAAUCCACUUCUAAUGAUGACGGAAUCACACUUGGAGCAGUUCACUUUUAUAAUAUGACGCUAGAAGAUAUUGGUGACAAUGCAUUUUUUGGAGUUCGAAGCUGUGACAUAGUGCAAUUGUCUUUGAAUCGGUUGACAUCCAUCCCAAAAGCUGUAACAAACCUUAAUGUGUACAAUUAUAUUGUGCUUUCCAACAAUAAGAUAAGACAUCUACCAGACCUUGCUUUCAACGGCUCCAAAUUUCUUCAAGGAAUUUUUCUAAAUGGAAACUUGCUACAGAGGAUCCCGAAGAAUGCGUUUGCUAAAUUGUACAAAUUAAAUGCGUUAUACCUUUACAAAAACCAAAUAACUUACAUAGAAGCGGGUGCUUUUAGAGAUACUUCCCUGAAACGUCUGUAUCUGUUUGAUAACAAAUUGACGGCAAUAACGCCAGAUGUAUUUAUGACGUCAUCUCGGACAAUAAUUAACUUGCAUCUGUUUUUCAACCCUAUCAAAAUCAUCGAUUCACAUGCAUUCACAGAGUUAGCGAACAAUGCUACAAUUAUUGGAACAUGUUGUGGGUUGGAAAAUAUUCCGAAAUUACCGGCAAACAUAUCUUUAACGUGUGUCAGUGAAUUCCGGGUGCCAAAACUAGAGUUCCCAAUGAUGGUAUGCGCAGUUCUUAGAGGAAAUGGCUACGUGUGCUCAACAAAGGCAAUGAAAGGAUGUAACUGUUAUCCAUGUUCCAAGGGUUACUAUGGCGCUAUAAUACACGAACUGUGUCUUCCAUGCCCCCCAGGAGGUUAUUACCUUGAUGAAAUAGGGGUCUCGAAAGGAUUCACGUACAAGGAUAACUGUAAGACGUGCAAUAAUGGCACAUACGUCCCACCGGAACGAGCUCCUGCCAGAUCUCUAACAGAAUGUCAAGUAUGUCCAUUUGGUACUCAGACUAACAAGGUCGCUGGCUCCCGUGCCUGCCGAUGUAUAGAAAAUUAUUAUCGUGCUUACCGGUUUGGACGUUGCUUUGAAUGUACAACCAAAGGAAUUAAGUGCCCUUUUGAGCAUCAACAGCUAAAGCCUGGCUUCUGGUGGUAUUGGCACUCUCUCAAUGAUUUUUACAUGUAUUCAAAUUAUACCAAAGCACUUGUACAAGAGAACUAUGACAAUCCUGAUGUCAAACGAUAUUUGAAUUUCUCUGGAUCACUGCCAUACGCUCAGGAGUGUCCAAGACCAAAAAGUUGCCCCGGUGACACAAUAAACGCCAGUUGUGCUGUUGGUUUUACAGGCUGGAUGUGUACACAAUGUGAAGAUGGCUAUUAUCCUUGGUUUGACUCUUGUAGUGAAUGUCCUUCUGUAUGGCAUUUUCUGCUUAUUUACAGCGUCAUAAUAUUGGUUUUACUCGCCCUCAUUGGCUUAAUCUUGUGGGUAGAUUCCAAACGAAGUAAUGUCAGCUCGGAAUCCAGAACAGUAGCUGAUAUGUUCUUAGCCAGAGUUAAAAUUGUGAUUGGGUUUUAUCAAGUUCUUGCCGGGAUAUUCAGUACUUUAAUGUACAUACACUGGCCUAAGGCUCUUGCAAAUGUUGGACAACAUCUACAAAACAUUGCUUUGAACAUCAUCAAGAUUGCCGGCCCGCAGUGUCUUGAUACUCGAUUCAAGCUAAAUGCUUAUCGUGAAUUCAUAUUUGGAGUAACAUGUCCAGUAAUUGUGAUAUCAUCAACCUGCUUAAUUUACAUAAUCAAGAAGUUUAUUUCAAAAUCAAAUAGCCCUAAACAUGACCUUACGUCAAAGAUGGCGAAAACAAAACGACUAUGCUUCCAGUAUACACUUUCUCUGCUUUUUCUGACGUAUCCCAACUCAUGUAACUCAAUUUUCACUCUUUUCCCCUCAAUCUGCAAGACCUUCUGGAUUGAUGAAGAACAAAUUUACCAGCAAACUAGACUGAAGUCUGACUUUUCAAUCUCCUGUGAAGAUGACAAGUAUAAAAUUUUUAUGUUUGCAGCCUACUUAAGUCUUCUAUAUGUCAUAGGCUUUCCAUUGGGUCUGUUGUUUCUACUGUGGAAAUUUAGAAAUAGGUGUUGUCGGCACACCGAUCACUUGGCAAAUGUUCAGUUAGGGACUUCAGAUAUAGAUAUUCUAUAUCAAGAUCCAAGCAUGGUUCACUUUAAUGAUGGCGAUGAUCAGGAUGAUGCAUCAUUGAGACGAACAUCGAUUCAGAAAACUCUGGCAAAUCGAAUGUCAACGGGUGGCUCUAAUGACCCUUAUGGUCUUAGAGCGUUUCAUGAAAGUUACAACUCAAGAUGCUGGUUCUGGGAAGUAAUUGAAUUAGUGCGGAAACUAACACUUACGUCGCUUAUUAUUUUCUUCGGCUCGUCGAGUAGAACACAGGUUGGAGCUGCUGCGUUUCUGGCGAUAAUGUUCCUAAUUCUGCACGUAGCAUUUAAGCCAAUGAAAGAUAACUUUGAACAUUGGCUGCAGUUGCUAUCCUUGGCUACUAUUGUCCUCAAUCUUUUGGUUGGCGUGAUAUUAAUGACUCCUGUCGACGACAUAAUUCAAACUAAGCUGGAUCGAGCCGAUGAAGUUGGUGUCCAGGUUAUACUCGUGUUGGUUGAUUUUGGAAUCAUCAUGCUAUUUGUAGUUUCUACAAUUCGAUCUCUGUACAAAGCCUUCAAGAACAUCUUAAAGGAAAAUAAGGAGAAGAAAGGGAAUAUUGAGAAUUACGCAAGAUUCAAGAAAGAAAUUAAUGAUGUACUUGCUAUACAAUCAGAACCUUUAAUUCUUUAAGAUUAAGCCUGUUGAAAUAUUAAAAAUAAAAUUGGUGGAUAUACGAGUGAAAUAAAUUAUGUAGGUCUAUGAGUAGACUGUGACUUUUAAACUCCAAUUUAUUUAUUAUUUAUAAGGGAAAAUUAAACUAGUGAACCUCAUGUACAAUUUUGAAUGUCUAUUUCAAAAGUAACACAUGAUAGUAUGUUUUAACCCUUCUAUGGCGGGAUCUUGGUCACCGCAGUAAAUUUGCAAGAGCACACCAACAAAAUAUGUUUACUAAUUCAUUAAUCAAGCGAAAAAAAUUGGUGUGCUUAGUGUGUACCGACUUAAGAAUGCGAGUACACAAUUUAGGAUCCUGGACCUUCGCUUAUUAAGAUAUUUAAGAAAGUAGUAAUUACAAAACAAAAACAUACUAUGCUUAAUAGAGCGUACAGAUUAUCAUCAACCAAUGAAGUAUUUCUUGAUGUAUUAAACGAUAUUGUUUGAAUACAUAUGAUGCAGCUAGUUUGAUCUCUUCUCAUCGAAAAACUAAGAGAAAUUGAUCGUAUUAAAAAAAUUCAUUUGUGUACGAGAUCACCAAUCGUGCAUACGAGUUCGAGAACACAAAUCGUGCAUACGAGUUCGCCAAAGUGUGUACGAGCUGGCAUGUGUACGAGUUAGCAUACACCGCUAUGGAAUUAAAUUACCCAAGAGAAUUAAUCAGUAGUAUCAUUAAUAAUUUUGAACAAUCUAGUGUUAAUACAUCUAACAAACAAUGUUAUCUUUGUGGCACCAAUAUUCUUUUAUUUGUAAAUUACGGGUAACAUCGACCAAUUAUAUGGAACCUGCGAGCGCAAGCCGUUAUCCAUGAAAAUGAAUGCACAAGAUACAUCAACAAUAACUUCAUUGGGGUAGAUGUGGGCCGACAUAGUGUUAUGAGAACUGUUGAUGACACAAAGCAUGAUCUAGGUAUCGAAAGUCAGGUUUUUUUUUUUAAAAGCCCAACGGCCAUGUCGCGAAAUUUAUGUGUAUGACAAAAUAAUGAUAAUGUCGUCCGGUUUACAAUAAUUGGUGUCGGAAGUGGGGUCCAGAAAAAUUAAUGUUGGAAGGAAAGUUCAUAAUAAAAUUCAGACUUCACCAUCACUUAAUGCAAAGACACAUAUUGGCUAACAUUUUGUUACUGUGAUCAUUUUAGAAUUUAAUUCAAUGUCUUUUAUUUAUCAACAUAAGUACAUGUAUAUGAGAGCAGUGGUGUUUUAAUAAAAAUUCUAUAUUAAGUUUAUUAAGAAUAUCAAAAUUACAUUAAGCACUGUUAACAGUAUCAAUUUUAUUUGAUAAAAACCUGUUGUAUGCCCAUAUAUAGUCAUGAUAUGCCUAUACUGUAUAUGGUCAUGAUGUGAUGUCAUCAUGACAAAUAUGAGGCCGCCAGGACUCAAGAGGUUAUACAGUAUAUCAUAAUUGCUGCAUAUUUUUAAUUUGUUUUAAAUUUUAUUUAUUUAUUUAUUCACCAAAACAACAGCGGACACAAAUCCGCCACUUACAGUAUGGUUAACAAAGGACGAGACGACGGAAACAGAAACACAAACAAAAUUAAUUUUAACUAAUCACGCCUAAAACGCUACGACGGAAAAAGUGCAGAUUGGAGUUAAAUAAAUCUAAAGACGGAAAGGAACUUAUUGUAUGUACUAUAGGUUUGGUCCUGCGCAUGGCAAAAAUAUUCAAAUUAUAAAAAGUUCUAGUGGUUACAUUGAUGAACUGCUUAUUAAUGUAAAACUCAUAGAAAGAAUACUAAUUUAAAAUUGGUGUAAAUUUUAAAUUUAUCAACUGUUAUAAUUUUUUUAUAUAGAUUUUUAAAUUACUUUGUUUCUGCUGAUUAAAAAAAUAAAAAUUAAUAUUGUGUUUUGUUUAAUGUUAACUUAUAGUUUACUCAUCUUGAACUAAUUGAUAACAUGAUUUAGUUCAACCUUCACUAGCUGUAGGGCUACUAGGGUAUCCAUUCUGACUACAAAGCUACAAUAGAAUUCAUUUCACGAUAACAUUAACAGACAUAAAAUAUAUAAAUACUAUUUGGCAGCUGUUAUCAACCCCAGCGACUAAUUUAGACAAUUAGAUUAGACAGUACGACUUACAAAGAGAAAUACUAAAAUGUGGCAAUCUUCUAAAAGGCCUACAUUUUUGGGUCAUGUCACCCUUGUUAACUAAGAUUUCAUGCUAAGUAAUAAUAAUAAUAAUAAUAAUAAUAAUAAUAAAAAUAAUA